AUGGGGGCUGAGAGCGGAACGGGACGAUGGUGGGCAGCGGUUUGUGCGAGCUAUGCGCUGGUGGCACUGGUGGCAGGUUCUCUGCUGCCUCUUGACACCGAGCAUCUUCGAGCCAGCGUCGGUGGCUUCGCGGUCAUGAAUUGCCACCUCGAUUUUCCCUUCGGCAAUGAGAUUCCUUAUCAUUUACAAUGGGAUAAAGAUGGCGAGACCAUCUUCUCGUGGUACAGCGGGGACGAGGCGCCGCGUGUGGCGGACCGGUGGGGCGGGCGGGUGCGGCGGCUGGGCGGCGGCCAGCUGGGGCUCGGCCGCGGCUCCAUCAACGUGAGCGCCGUGCGCGAGACCGACGCCGGCCUCUACCGUUGCCGAGUCACCUUUCCUAACCGUUCGCCGCCCGCUCGUAAUAACGGCACCUUCUACUAUCUGGAGGUGGACGGUGGAAAUCUAAUUGUGACCCCUCCGAUGAACAGUACUGUACUAGAAGGUGAGCGCGCCGAGCUCGAAUGCUUACCUAAAGACCCCGAGUCUGUAGUGCAGUGGUACAAGGAUGGCGUGCUGCUCAGCGAGCUCCCCGAGUUGGCGGAACGCUCGGAGCUUCCUCCGAACGGCAGUCUGGUGAUACGCCUCGCGGUCAGCACCGACCUCGGCGAGUACCAAUGUCGCUUGAGUGCACCCGAUGGACAGAUGCAAAGCGCCAGUGCAUUUCUCGACGUACAGUAUAAGGCUAAAGUGGUCUAUUCACCCAAAGAGCGUUAUCUCCCGUUCGGCAAACCUGCGAGUCUAGAUUGUCAUUUUAGCGCAAAUCCACCUUUGACUAAUCUACGAUGGGAGAAAGACGGCUUCCUUUUCGACCCUUACAACGUGCCUGGCGUGUUUUAUAGCAUGAACGGCAGUCUAUUAUUUAAUCGAGUAGACGAAUCGCAUGAGGGCGUGUACUCGUGCACGCCGUACAACGCGCUGGGUUCGGAGGGCGCAUCGGCGGGCGUGCGCGUACGUGUGUCGCGCGCGCCGGCGCUGGCGCUGCGCCCGGCGCCGCUGUACCUGGCGCGGCUCGGCGCCUCGCUGGCGCUGCCCUGCGCCGCCGCGCCGCAGCCGCACGCCGCGCCCUCGCUGCGCUGGGCCCGGAAGGAUGGCAGUGAACUACCGGUGGGUCGACAUUCACUUGAUGACGGUAAUCUUACGAUCAUUGAUAUUGAGGAGGAAGACCGUGGCGUGUACGUGUGCACAGCUACCAACGAGGCAGACGAGGUCUCCGUCGAGACCGAGUUGCUCAUAGAGAACGUGCCGCCGCGCGCGCCCUACAACUUAACAGCGCUACCUUCCGUUGAUUCAAUACACGUGUCGUGGGUUCCAGGUCACAAUGGUCUCGAGGUCGAUUACAAUGUUUGGUAUCGCGAGCGUUCUGUUAGUGAGUGGCGCACUAUGAAGAUUCUGACAAAGGGUGUUACCGAUGCGACGCUAGUGGGCUUGCAACCUUCCACAGAAUACGAGUUACGAAUAUUGUCCCAGGAUCACAUAGGCGACGGCCUCUUUAGCAAGCCGAUCUUCGUUCGUACGCUUGAUCCAGAAGGAGGCGAAGAUCAGGCCACCGCGUACGCGGCCUCGGCGACUGAGAGCACCAUGACCGCAGACGCCGAGGAGGAGAUGGAAGUGACCGUGCGUCUCAUCGACGAGGGCGCGCUAGUGCGCUGGAGCCGCGCGCCGCUCGACGACAGCCGCUGCACCGUGCGCUGGUACCGCGGCGACGAGCGCGAGCUGCUCGCCUCCUGGCACACGCACCACGACUAUCUCCUGGUGGGCUCGGUGGAGGAGGGCGUAGAGUAUGAGGCGCGCGUGCAGUGCGUGAGCGGGGUGCGCGGCGGCGCGGCGGUGCGCGUGCCGCAGUACGCGCGCAUGCGCGGCGUGGCGGCGGCCGCGGCGGCCGCGGCGCUGCUGCUGGCCGCGCUGGCCGCCGCGCUGUGGCUCGCCCGCCACCGCCUGCGCACCUGCACACGCCGACACACGCGCCAGCACUCGCACCAGCACACGCGCCAACACGCUCUCCCCGUCAAGCGCCCCCACUGA